CCAGUUGCAGGGGCUGGCAGGAGUGAGUGAAGUUGCUCCAACCCCCCCAUCCCCUUCCUCCUCCUCCUCCUCCUCCUCCUCCUCUUCCUCCUCCUCUCUCUUCUGCCAGGAAAGCUGGCUGUGGCUGAACCCCCCCAUCACCAACAGACCCCCGGGAGGAUGCCAGGGCUGAUGGACCAGGCCACCCUGUCCCCACUGCCCCUCACGGCCUCGGAGGUGACGUCCUGUGUCAGCGGCUACGCCCUGGGGAUGACAGCCCUGCUCACCUACUGCAACCCACGGGCACAGCCUCUGGAAGGUCUCUUUGUCUACCCCUUGGAUGAGGGCACCACCGUGGUGGGGUUCGAGGCGGCCGUGUCCCGACGUGCUGUCACGGUGCAAAUCAAGGACAAAGCCAAGAUAGAAGACAUGACUCCCCAUGGCUGCAGCCUCCCUGGUGGAAGAGCUCGGGAUGGAAGUGGAAGGAUCACGAUGGACGAGGACUCGGAGAGGACAGUUUUUGUGGCAAACCUGGGCAUCAUUCCUCCCCUGGAAAGCGUCUCCAUCUUUAUCAGCACCUCCUCUGAGCUGCAGACACUGCCCAGCGGGGCCGUGAGGGUCCUUCUGCCAUCUGUGUGUGUCCCCAGGGUCCCCCAGCCCAGCCUGGACAAUGUCACCAGCCUUUCCAGCCACCAGCUCCCAACGGACAAGCACUGCUGUGGGUGGGGGAGUCUGGAGCAAGGGAGCAGGUUCUGCCUGGCUCAUCUGCUGGAGAGAGAGGCCACCAACCCCUUCGAGUACGAGUUCAGCUUCCACCUGGAGAUCCGGGGACCAUGCUUGCUGGCAGGUGUCGAGAGCCCCACGCACGAGAUCCGAGCGGACGCCGACCCCUCCGCCCGCUCUGCCAGGAGCAUCGUCAUCAGCCUGGCCAACAAACACACCUUUGACAGGCCCGUGGAGAUCCUGAUCCACCCAAGUGAGCCCCACAUGCCUCAUGUCUUGAUGGAAGGAGGUGACAUGACACCUGCAGAGUACGAACGGCACCUGAAGGGGAAGAACGAUUUCAUUAAAGGCACCAAGAAGGACCCGAGUGCUGAGAAAAAGACAGAAAUCAUCAGGAAGCGGCUGAACAAGGACAUCCCCCACCACCCUGUCAUCAUGCUCAACUUCUGCCCUGACUUGAGGACCAGCCAGCCAGACCUCCAGAAAGCCCAAGGGGAGUUUAUCUUCCUGGUGGACCGCAGCAGGAGCAUGAGUGGUGUGAACAUCAACCGUGUCAAGGAUGCUCUGUUGGUCAUUCUCAAGAGCCUGAUGCCAGCGUGUCUCUUCAACAUCGUGGGGUUUGGAUCCACCUUCAAGACCCUCUUUCCUUCCAGCCAGACUUACUGUGAGGAGAGCUUGGCCGUCGCCUGCCAGAGCAUCAAGAGGCUCCAGGCUGAUAUGGGUGGCACCAACAUCUUGUCGCCACUGAAGUGGGUGAUCCAACAACCCACCCACAGGGGACACCCCCGCCUGCUCUUCCUGCUGACUGAUGGGACCAUCAGCAACACUGGGAAGGUCCUGGAGCUGCUGAGAAGCCAUUCCUGCUCCACCAGGUGCUACAGCUUCGGCAUCGGACCAAACGCCUGCAGGAGGCUGGUUGGGGGCCUGGCUGCUGUGUCGGGGGGCACUGCUGAGUUCCUGGCAGAGGGUGAGAGGCUGCAGCCCAAGAUGAUCAGGUCUCUGAAGAAGGCGAUGGCGCCGGCCCUGAGCGACGUGUCGGUGGAGUGGGUGUUCCCGGAGAGCACCGAGGUCCUGGUUUCCCCCGUCAGCUCCAGCUGCCUCUUCCCGGGCGACCACCUGGUGGGCUACGGCGUCAUCUGUGACACCUCCCCGUACCUCUCCCACCCCCGAGCCGACAAGAGGCGCCGUUACAGCACCAUGAGGUCCCAGGAGUCGGGCAGCUCCGUUUUCUUUCACUCCCAGGAGGAGGGAGGGAGCGGGGAGAGCUGGACCCAGCGCGGAGCCGGGGAGAGCGGCUGCCCCGCCGAGCAGGGGGGCAGGGACCCCGGGGGGGACCCCGACACCCACACCGGGAUGGAUGGGAAGGCUUCCUCCAGGAGAAGGGCCUACAGCACCACACAGAUUGCUGACCACGAGCCCUGCAAGAAGGUGCCCACGGGCAGUGAUCCUGGCACUGACCUGGUGAGAAACCCCCUUCGCAAGACCCACCUGCAGGACCUGCAGCAGGUCAGCCCUGAGCCCUGGCAGGUGGAUUUCCAGCCCUUCACAGUCUCUGCCACGAGGACCCGAGGUGCUGGUGCCCGGCGGCCGUCCCUGCUCCAGAGGAACCUCUUGUCCUUCUGCCACGAGGCUGAGUCCCCCCCAGCCCCCGAGGGGCUGCAGCAAGUGGUCCCAGGAAGGGGCUUGGGAGCUCUGGAGGCCAGAGGUGGCCUGAGGUCUUCGUCAGACAGCAGGAGCCCUGGGGACAUGGAGUCUGCCCAGCAUCCUUCCUUCACAUUUGAAACAGAGACCUCCUCAGACUGGGAGCAGCAGGACUUGGACUUCAGCACUUCCCACGGCUCCCCGUGCUCCCCCAGGGCCCUCUGCAAGGUGGUGGUGAAGGGGCUGAGAAGCAACGAGCCCGUGCAGUGGGAGGUCACCUUCGAUAUCCACCCGCUCUUCCAAGAGCGGGAGAGCCUGGUGGAGGAUGACACAGACCUGUGGAACGAGACCUUCCACCACCUGGCAGCCAGGUCUGUCAUCAGGGACUUCGAGCAGCUCGCCGAGAAGGAGAGUGAGAUCGAGCAUGGGUCUGGGAGGAGGUACCAGCUCAACGCUGUCCACACCAGCAAGGCCUGCAGUGUCAUCAGCAAGUACACAGCCUUCCUGCCCGUGGACCUGAGCACCAACACCUACCUGCCCACAGUGGUGGAGUACCCCCACACAGGGGCAGCACCCAGGGCAGGGAGCCAGAGGAGCCUCAGCUCAGGCAGCAGAAGACAUCGUGGCUUCUCCCCUGGACGUCCCCACUCAGCUGGUGGCCAGAAUGGAGAUGCUGGAUUUCACAGCACGAGUGCAGAGGAGAGCUGCCUGGCACCCUGCAGCACCCCUUCCUCCUCCAGUCCCACCCCAGGGCUGCCACAGAGCCUGUCUGCUUCCUCUGCACAAGCCCAGAAGUCCAUCGAGAGCCUCUUUGCUGCCAGGCUGACCUUCAAUAAAACCCGGCUGCUGACCCGAGCUGCCAAGGGCUUCAUGAGUAAAUCUCCAAGCAGAGGGAGUGAAUCCAGCUCUGAGGGCGACAACGAGAACAUUGACUACCUUCCCCUGGCAUCUCUGCAGCUGGCCUGUGGUGCCUUCCUGAUGAACUCAGCCUUCUGCCACGCUGUCAACAUCCCCAUGGAGAAGCUGAAGUGGACAUCUCCCUUCGCCUGCCACCGCCUGGCCCUCAGCCCCUCCAGCACCAAGAAGACCGGCCCCUCCGGGGAGCAGAAAAGCCUCAGCUCCAACCAGCAGCUCCUGGCUCCUGAUGGCCAUGGGAAGAGUCCCACCACCAGAGAGGUCCCUCUGGGAGUGGUGCUGGAAGGAACCAGCAGCCAGCUGGAGGCCACCGGGCGCCUCCGCCACGCCUCGGGCAGCGCGGUGGAGAACCUCUCCAGAGCCCUGAAAGCUGAGAAGGAACCAUCCCCACCAUCCAUCACCAUCCGUCGCUUCUCCAGCCCGGAGAGCACGCCAGCCUCUGCCCGGUGGCAAAGCAGCAGCAGCUUGGAGCUGGAUGAACCUGAGGUCCAAGAGCUGCUCCUGGACGUGGAGCUGCAGCAGCAGACGGAGCCCGAGGGGAUGCUGUGGGCCACGGCGGUGGCCCUGGCCUGGCUGGAGCACAGCUCAGCUUCCUACUUCAUCGAGUGGGAGCUGGUGGCUGCCAAAGCCAACCUGUGGCUGAGCCAGCAGGAAUUCCCAGCGGGAUCCAGCCUGGCCGCUGUGAAAGCUGCAGCCCAGCAGCUCUUUGUCCUGCUCCGCCACUGGGAUGAGACCCUGGAGUUCAACCUGCUCUGCUACAACCCCAGCAGCGUGUAGGGAGGGUGAGGGGGAGAGGCUCCAGCAGCUCCCCUGGGGUGCAGGAGCAGGGAGCCGUGUC